UGGUCUCAGUUGAGUCGUUGCCUGGGUCGGGGCCGGACGUGCGGUGGCUGCGCCCGCUCUUCACGCCCUCGUUUUUCUCUGCCCGUCCGCUGCGCGCCGGCAGGAUGGCUCACAAGCAGAUUUAUUACUCGGACAAGUACUUCGACGAGCACUACGAGUACCGGCAUGUCAUGUUACCCAGAGAACUCUCCAAACAAGUACCCAAAACCCACCUGAUGUCUGAGGAAGAAUGGAGGCGACUUGGUGUGCAGCAGAGUCUGGGAUGGGUUCACUACAUGAUUCAUGAGCCAGAGCCGCAUAUUCUUCUCUUUAGACGGCCUCUUCCAAAAGAUCAGCAGAAAUGAAGUGUGCAGGAGACGGCGGCUCUUCCCAAGUUACUGUAUAUGUGUAUAUAAGGUAGUAUUCAGUGAAUACUGGAGUGUACAGAUCCUAUCCAUGCCUGUGCGGGAGCUGUAUUCUUCACAGCGAGAGCUCAGUUAACGCAGCUGCAGUUAGUAUAGUUAGAGAGGUGUCCCCGGCCCGUCUCCCCGAUGGAAGUGCUGGUUGACUUCCCUGUUGUGUUAAAUAAAGUUUGUAUGUUGCAUUUA